CCCCCACUCACUUACUAUUCCUCCCGUCUUGAUUGUCUCUUUUCUUGCCGCUAUCCGAUCCGAAACCAGAUCAGUAACCAUGGCUGCUACUCCUGAACAAAAACGAAUCUUUUUGACAGCGCUCCGUCAUUCAUUCCAAAAAAUGGGUUUGGACAUUGUUCAUCCUUUUGCCGCACAGAGCUACAAUGCUACAGCCCUGGGCCAGAAGAACCCAAUGCAUACUUUCAACCAGGCCUCAACUCUAUCACUUAUUAUCGGUAGCAAUAAAACUUUUUGGCAUACCUUUUUGGCACAGCAUGACCCUUCCAAACUCAAGACCGCUGAAGAACGAAAGGAUCCCAUGGAUCAUUACUGUGAACGACUAAUUCCUCAAAUUACCUUGGAGGCCCUCAAGGAAGCCAAGUUGUAUUCGGAUCAAGAGGGCAAUGAGUUCACAACUGCAUUUUCAGUAGCCUUCUCUCAUUGGCGGAUCACCAUGCCUCCUGCAGGAACCCCUCCUCCAGGAUCAAAGCCUACAGGAUUUGUGGCCCCGCCUGUCAACACUCUCCCGAUCCAACAUGUAGCACAUGCAGCUGGCUUUGCAUACUUUAACCCUGUAGCCUUCUUGAAUGUCCAUCCUGUCUAUGGUCCAUGGUUCGGAAUGCGAUCAAUUGUGAUGGUGGAUUUGCCAUACGAUAUCUCUGACAAUGAGACAUUAUUGAUUACAGAUGAAAACGCCACAGGGACAUACUCAAAAGACUCUCAACCGAUUGAUUUCAACCCUGCAUUCCGAGACUUAUCUCCUGUGCAGAUGGAGCUACAGACAGCAGCGCUAGAGAAGACCAAAACUGCAUUAUUAACAAAAGGAUGGGAUCCUGCAGAUUGGGAGGAAUGGGUGGCGUUUCGACAGAGUUUGGCCCGCGAUCGGCUGGAUUGGCUUGCAUGGCGAUAUUCAGACGAUCAGAUGCGGUAUCAUUAUAUGAAACAGCCAGAGUUUUUGGAUGAAUGCGCCCGCAAGUAUCGCCAAGAAAGACAACUCCAUCAACAAGGAGUACAUUAGUAUGAGAUCUCUAUUUAGAAAUUUGUAAUAUAUACCGAGCUUAUUUAAUAAGCGGAUCGCGGCGCGGUGUUUAAUGGACACUUAAUAGAAUAAACGUCAAUGGCUCAAACAAGAGUAGAAACUUAGUGGC